AUGUCUAAAAGUUGUUCCACAACAAAGAGUCAUGAUUCAUUUAAUCAAAAUGUUAAUGAAAUUCAUAUUACAAAUUUAUUAUCCGAUGAUCUUUCAAUAAAAAAUGAUCCUAAUUAUAUUAAAUUGUAUCACGACUUAAAAUUAUGGUUAUCGACAAUGAAUACUUCCAAUAAUGAAAAAGAUCUUCAAUUCGAUUUCUAUCAAAACUGCUUGAAGAAAUAUGAUGAAAAUAUCAUUAAUAAAUUGAAAUAUACUGAUGGAUUUAAAGGAACAGUUUUUAAAGCUUUAUUUGAACAAUUGAUGCCUAAUUUUUGUCUUAUUGAUUAUUAUAAUUCUCAUUUGAAAUCGAAAACAAGUGGUUUAGAUUUAGAAUUUUUACCAUUUCAUAUUGUUACAAUUUUUGAAUUAAAAAUUAAAUUAAAAGAUUGUAAUAUUAGACAAUUAUUACAUUAUCUUCGAAUUAUACUGGAUUACUCUCCAUCAUCACGUACAUAUAUUAUAGGUGCAAUAACUGAUUUUCAUCACAUACAAUUUGCUAAAGUAGUCAGAUCAACUGAUGAUGAUCAAAUAACGUAUGUAGCUUCGAUAAAAAAAAUUAUAUACGAUAAUGAAUAUUUAUUACAUUAUUUAACAAUGUUUUUUACUACUGAAUUAUCAACAUUUGGUUACUCUCGUGUAGAAACAUUACCUAAAAAUAUUCGUAUUGAUCAGAAGUUAUUAGGCAUUGGUGCAAAUUCAAUAGUUUUUAAUUGUUAUUUGAUUGAAAAUCCAUUAAAUGAAUGUACUUUGAAAACUAGUAAUAAAUAUAUUUUAAAAAUUAGUAAUGAAUCUGUUGAUAAAGAAGUAUCAAUCUAUGAAAAACUAUAUGCUGAUAAAUAUAAAAUUAUUCAAGUUCAUCCAUAUGCUUUUGUAUUUUGUUUUCCACCUGGUCAAAUUAUAUCAAAAGAAAAUUUAUUCAAUAAUAUUCAUAUUAUAUGGAAUCAAAUAAAAAGAGCACAUGAAAAUCACACUGUACAUCGUGAUAUUCGAAUGUCCAAUAUUAUUCAAAUACUUAACAGUCAAACAAAAAAUUAUGAAAUCUUAUUAAUUGAUUGGCAUAGUGCGAUAGAAAUUGGUUCAAAUGUUAAAUAUAGUGGAUCAUUAUCAACUGCUUCAAAUUUUAUUCUUGAUAAAUUAUCACAAAACUCAAAAGAAACUAUUCAAUAUCUUCCAGUUGAUGAUGUUAUAUCAAUGAUGAAAAUGAUUCUAUUAGAAAUUAUUCCAAUAGAUUACAAAAAUACUAUUUCAUCAAAAGUUCGACAACAUUCAUCUUCAGGAGUUUUAACUUGUUAUGUGGAUAUUAAUUAUGAUUUUCGCUCUAAACAAUUACUUCUAUUAGAAAUAAUUAAUUUAUUAGAAAAACAUCGUGAAAAUUUAUCAAAAGAAAAAUUAAAUUAUUUUAUUGAUAAAUGUGUCGAAAAUCAUCGAUGUUUAGUCAAAUUAGAGAAUGAACAAACAGAUAUGAAUUAUUUCAAUGAUUUAACAAAACAAAUAUUUUUAUCUUAA